AUGGUAUCCAUCAGAGGCAGAUCACUAGCCGGCGCUGGUUACGUCGUGCUCAACAUAAUCAGAGCUAUGAACAUUACUGCACUACUCGCUGUCGUCGCCGCGAGCUCGAUAAUGCUCGUUCGAAUGUUCAACACAAGAACUUUUUUCUUUUUCGACGCAUGCGAGAACCUCAUUCGUGCAGUCAUCGCAGGCUUCCUCAUCAUUACAGAAACACCCCUAUUCAAAGCCUACUUCUGCAGGCACUGGCCCCUCUUCAGCCCAGUAUCCGGCUUCGUCAUGCUCGGGGUAGCCCAAAUCCUCCUCGGCAACGGCAUCCUCGCCAACCUCAAUAAAUCCAACGCCUCCCAAGAAAAUCUCGGAAUGGCCUUUUGGCGCCUAAUCAUCAGCUCCGGCAUCAUCGUCUUCACCAUGGGCUUCAUCAACAUCCUAGCAUCCUACAUCUUCCGUGACACCACCCUCAGCCUCACCGCCCGCCAAGUCCGCUCCAACGGUGCCGUGGCAGGCCACAAACUCGACGUCGCAUCCUCCAUCGGCGGCGGCUCAACACCAAAAUCCAAUCGCAAAUCCUUCGCGCAGCGCUUCUCCCGAUUCAUCCCUGACAGAAUCCAGCCAAACCGAGAUAGUCUGCCCAGCUACAAGACUGAGACAUACAUGGCACAGGUUCAAUCGCCCGUCCCACCUGUCCCUGCCCUUCCUAGCAGCAACACCAAUGCGAACCACCACCAAUACACAGCCUCUGGUAAUCUGAGAAUGCCCCAUGAAUCCGACUACCACCAGCACAACCAUAACGAGAAGAUGGCACAGUCCCCUGGUGCCGCGUCGUCAAAGUACUCGAUCAACACGCGAGGCGAAGAUAUGCUGUCCCGACCGGAUCUGGCGCAUCACCCUGCGAUGACGGCGGGCUAUGCUCGAUAG